UUGUGCUUUCUAACUUGCCAUCUUAUCACUUUCCUUAUUUUGUGACUUCAGUCUUGUAAAAGUGGGCAUCAUUUGGCCCCUGGGGGUCCGGGCUGCCCCGGCCCCGGCCCCCAAACCAAAAAUGCGUCGCUCUAGUACAGAUGAGACCCCGUACCGCCGGAGUCCGUCUCUGGACAGCAAGGGAUCGGCGCCUCUGCGCUACAGCGGCGAGUACGAGUACCACAGCUCGCCCUUCAUCUUCGGCCUUCGUACCACACCGGGCUCAAAGAAAGCUACAGCCAGCUACACCACGGCACAGGGACGGAAAUAUGUGGUGUUUUACCUCGACCUGUCCUUCAUCUUUCUUCUAGAGCUGCGGCGCUGCAGGAUGGCCGAGGGCUGCCUGAGGGCCCUGAGAUACGGGAUGGUUUUCUUCAAUCUGCUCUUCUGGCUGGGCGGCUGUGGGAUUCUGGGAGUGGGAGUUUGGCUUUCCAUCACGCAGGGAAACUUCGCCACGCUCUCCUCGUCUCUACCAUCGCUCUCCGCCGCCAAUCUGCUCAUCGCUGUGGGAAGCAUCAUCAUGGUGAUUGGCUGCCUGGGCUGUGUGGGUGCGGUCAAAGAGAACCGGCCAUUACUCCUGAGCUUCUUCAUUCUGUUGCUUAUGAUAUUAUUGUUGGAGAUUCUGUUCAUCAUUCUGUUCUUCGCAUAUCAAGAUGAGAUUGAUCUGUAUGCACAAAGCGACCUGAAGAAAGGCCUGCAGCUGUUUGGGACUGAAGGAAACAUCGGCCUGACCAACGCCUGGAGCAUCGUCCAAACCGACUUUCGCUGCUGUGGAGUGAACAAUCACACGGACUGGUUUCACGUCUAUAACGCGACGCGUGUGCCGGACUCCUGCUGUCUGGAGUACAGUGAUAACUGCGGUCUGGAGAAUCCUGGCACCUGGUGGACAGCGCCGUGUUACGAGCGAGUGAAGGGCUGGCUGCAGGAGAAUCUGGUGGCUCUGUGGAUCUUCGCUCUGUGUACGGCUCUUACACAGAUCCUGGGGCUGGUGUUCUCCAUGACCAUAUUCUGUCACGCUGUAAAAGUGGAGACCUUCUACGCAUAGAGAUGCAGAACCGGACCAAACACAUUCCUGCUUCUCCAUCCAACACUUCUGUGUUCGUCGCUGUAGAAAUCAGUCAUCAUGUUUCGCUAACACACUGCUAUUUGCAAAAGGAUUUUAUAAGCCAGAUCAACUGAAAUAACUGCUCUUUAUUGUGAAUAUUUAAUGGAAUAUUUUUUUUUUUUUUGGUUAGGGUUUUCUUUGGUCUAUUUGUGAAGAAAAUACAGCAAUUUCAAAGAGGGAAACGGGAAACUAAUUUUAUAUUUGUAUAAUUUCAUAUUAAUAUGCGUGAAAUUAACAUCCACUGUUUAUAUUUAGUCAGAGCGAGUUCUCAAUAGAUUUAAAAGGUAAGAUUUUAGAAAACAUUUUUGUAUAUUUGACUUGUUUGGCAUAGUCUUUAAAACAAAAAGUAAUAAAACAGACACAUUUUACUUGAGCAAAUACUUGCCAUAUGUAGGAAGAAGCACAAGUAUGUUCAGCAGAGCUGAUUCAGUUAAAGAGCAAAAGCACAGAUUAACGUUAUGGGAUUGAUUGUGGGCUCAAGAACCGAUUUUACACAAUGUGUGUCCUUUCUGUGCCAGGCAGUUCUACAUGAUACAUUCUACAUCAUUGCCUGCUUAGCCCCACCCACCAAUUCUACAUCACUGCCUGCUUAGCCCCGCCCACAGAUUCUACAUCACUGCCUGCUUAGCCCCGCCCACAGAUUCUACAUCACUGCCUGUUUAGCCCCGCCCACAGAUUCUACAUCACUGCCUGUUUAGCCCCGCCCACAGAUUCUACAUCACUGACUGCUUAGUGUUUAUGAGAGGGAAAGCUGGGGCCUGUUUCAGAAAGGAGGUUAAGUGAAAACGCUGAGUAUGUUAACCCUGAAAUGAGGAAAACUCUGGGUUUUCCAUUUCAGAAUGGGAGAUUUGUCAAACCCAAUAAAGCAGGAUAAGUCAAGCCCGUUUCCGAAAGAAAGGUAACUAAUACAGUCAGUUACUGUGAUAACUAAUUUCAUGAACCUAACCUGGUCAGGAGCAGGUUUUCUUUGGUAAAUCCAGAGUUUCUUUUGGUAUACUCCCCCUUUUCAAAGUACAAGCGAUGUUCUUACUCCACUCAUUCAUUCAUUCAUUCAUUCAUUCAUUCAUUCAUUCACUGUCACACAAGGUUAAAAACGACUUGCGUGAAUUAUGGCUUCAUUAGUGUAGACAGCAACGUGUAUGGUGCUGAGAACUGGCUUUUAAUAAGAUUGACAGGUUUCUUCUUACUUAUCCCAUCAUAUAUCACAUUAGAGUUUAUUUUCAAUAAAAAAUAAAUAAGUGCCUAACGAGUGUUUAAUAAUGAUAAAAGUAUUCAUAGUUUUAGUAAGCGUAAUCAUUUACAAUCUGUUAUUAUUGCAUCCUGUUAAUAUUCAACAAUACUAAGGUGCAAAAAUUAUGUAUCUGCCAGUAUAAAGUAUAAAGAGCAUCUAAUUAUUAUUGACACUUAGCUUGUUGCAAAGAAAACUGUAAACUGUAAACAGCAUCUAGAGCUAUUUGCACUUAGCCUACUGUAAAUAGGAUCUAUCACUAAGAAAGUAUGUUAAUUCCACUUAGUGUAAAUAGCCACUGCCAUAUUUUUCUUACCCUAUUGGCAAAUCAUUUGCAAAAUAAAAA